CGGCGCCACGACUAUAAUAAUUCAAUUAAGUAACUCUUUUCUAUUUUUAGUGAUAAAUGUUGACUCCUGGCCGAGUCUUAUUAAUUGUUAUUCCCUACCCAAGUAUACAAUUGAAGAGUCAUUUAUAAAUGAAGAGACUCUGUGAUGAAUGCUUGUGCUACUCCAGGCUGCGUGAUAAGAAUUUGCAUCACAUCCAAGGUUACACUAUACGUUUUUAUUUUUGCAGGUUGUUUUGCAGCAUCAUCCGAGAAGUAUGGAGAGCUGAUGAUUGCCAUUACACCACCCGGGAAGAAGACGUGGGCCGCAAUGGUAUCCCGGUCGCAGAAAUCUGGGAUUGUUGCCAAGAGGUAGUUCGAUUACUUUACCAGUGGUUAUACCCAGUCCAGACUCGACGUUUAUUGGAGUUCCAUGGUUCUUGGAUCAGAGCGAGGUCGAAUUUGGUUUCAUCGAACAUUCUUGCGGUACUUUAUUAUUUGAAUCGGUUCACCCCACUGCCACCUGGCUUGAGCCCUUUAGGUCCGCCCCCUCUGGGCGGUGAACGUGGUGGUUACUUUAGAAGGCGGCUGUUAUCGCAUAUCCUCAGCUUUUUGCUCUUGGGACGCCUUAGUCUUCUCGGACGAAACCGCACCUUACGGAAGUCAAAGAACAGUUUGAAGUUCAUUGACCUCAGCGUCUCCAUAGAUGCCUCGUCGACAGAAAAGACCGGGGUUUGAACCGGUCCCGAACACUCACGAUGUAGUACGAUCCGAUAUGUAUCCGAUCGAUCCUAAUGAAUUGGAUAUUGAUAUUGU